AAGCUUUUACAUGCUCCUGUGCUGAAGUGCUCGAUUCAAUACUUGAUUCAUAUUUGACUUUAUUUUCCCGGCUAUAAGACGUCCAACUGAGCUUCAUCUAAUCUGAUCAGAGGAAGAACGAAUCCUAAUGAUGGAGCAGCGUUGGGAAAUACAGAACCCCGAGACCAUUCAGCAGGACGUGGUUAUGGGAAACCCUUGUUCAUCCUGGCACGAUGUUCCGGAGUGGGUGCCUCAGUCUGAUCUAUGUUACGAUGCCCAGCCAAUGACAAACCAGACGGGGCAGUUCUUCUUCAACCAUCCGGAAAUGAUGCACCAAGCUGACGGCUUUUAUUACCCUCAAGCAGGUCAUCACAUCGAUGGCAUCAAUGGACAUUAUACACAUGUACCAGACCCUGCUUUUCCACCUUAUGUACAUGACCUGCAAGCGUCUUCCGCACCCACGUACUUUAAUUUUAGUGAGGACGUCCAGUUUUGCCACCAGGAAGCACAUCCGGAAGCACACCCCAUUCCUCUCCAUAACACGACCAUGGUGGAUCCUUUUACUCCCCAAAUUCUGCAUCCUGGAGGAAUGAAUUUUAACAGCAUGGUCAUUCUGGACUCUUACACCCCCCAGAUCCCACAGCAGACCUGCUCCAUCCAAGAUAUGCACCCUGUUCCUGAUUGGAUGCCACAUUCUAGUCUAAAUACUCACAUUUACUACAACCAUCCAGACAUGUUGCAUGAAUCUGGCAGCUUUAACCCCACAGAAGCAGCAGCACCCGGGAUAGACGGAGUCGGAGUCUUAUUGGUUCCUCCCUUUGUUGAGAUACAAUCAAAUAUCAUCGAUCCCAUGAACGACCACCAUGCUCAUGUGAUCAUGCAGUCAGAACCAGACUCUGCUUUUCCUCUUCAGGGUAACGGCCGUUCCAUCAGACCUGAGCGUCCAGAGAACGUCCAGUUUAUUAACCCGAGCUUGGGGGGUUUUGGAGAAGGAGCUUCAGUCAAAGAAUAAAUAAAGAAUUCUCCCAGUUUAA